CGGUGCAGGAGCCGCUCUGACGAUGACUCGCGGUUGCUUUCAGCGUUUAAUUAAGCUCCUCAGCGACUCCCAGCCCGGUCCCGCUGCCAUCGCCCGGGCCGUGGGGCCAAGCCGCCCGCCCCGAGGGCUCCGGAAUGCGGGGUCCCCACCCGCUGCCCGGCACCGCCGCCCGCUCUGGGGCUGCGGCUGGGAGAUUUGGGGGUUUUUUUGUUGAAGAACUAAGAGCAGGCGGCGGCGCGGCGGAACCCGAGUGGCCGGGCUGCGGCGCGGAGGGAGGGAGCGGCAGCGGCACCGCUCCGCCGGUCACCUUGCAGCGGCCGCCAUGACGUUCCUGCCCGACGAGUCCCGCUCCCUGCCGCCGCCCCCGCUCCUCAACCAGAGCUCCUUCUGCCUGGGGCUGACCGGCUGGGUGGCCGCGAUGCUGGACAACAUCUUCAACCGCCGACCUGUCAUCAAAGCCGGCGUUCACCGGCAGAUCCUCUUCACUACCGUGGGCUGGUUUGCUGGCUACUACCUGAUGAAACGCAGCAACUACGUGCACGCCAAGCUGGACAGGGAGCUCCUUGAGUAUGUCAGACACCAUCCAGAAGACUUCAAGGCAGCAGAAAAGAAAAGGAUAGGGGAGCUUAUGGAGGAUUUCCACCCGAUUCGCUGAGGGUCUCUCCAGCUGCUGAGCUAAUUCUGCCCCGACAGCUCUGCUGGGUUGGCUGUGGCUCUUCAGCCCUGCCUUGGAACGUGAACCACUGCUUAUAUCCACCUAAUAAAAGCUCUGCUUAAAUA